AGGCUGUUUGAGGCGGUUGAGAGGCGGAGGAUAUGACUGAGGCUGGGUAAGAAGUGGUGAGGCGCUGAGGCUCGGUGGAGGGAGGCACUAGAGACAAAAAAAGCAAAAAUGUUAGGGACAGGACAAAGCAACAGGUAACACAAAAUUGGAAAAACAAAAAUCAAUGUAUAAGGAGCCAACUAUACCACCAGAGGUUUGGUAUAAUCUGGCAGCAAGUCGGGAGAAGACCGGAGCUUAUAUGUGGCAGCUAAUCAAGAGAAGAUGGAUGUCAGACUAAUCUGAGGUUGGACUAACAGACGGUCGGUACCAGAGUCAGGAGAGGACCAGGACCAGAACAGGUCUGAGGACUACAAUGAACCUUCAGUCUGCCAUCAACAAAGAGAUCUUCAUCCCUCGUGAUGAGCGGCUGCUGGUGGCGGUGGAGGUGCAGAGGAGGAGGAGGAAGAGGAUGUCCUUCCUCCCCACUGGAGCCAAAGCAGAAUACAAAACAUUCAUCUGUUUAUCAGUGACCAACAAGAGGCCACAUCAGCUCCACAUCACAAAGGUGAAGCAGUUUGAAGGCUCGUCCUCCUUCACCAGCAGGUCCCAGUGGACGGUGGAGCAGCUCCGCCAGGUCAACGGCAUCAACCCCAACAAGGACAGUCCAGAGUUUGACCUGAUCUUUGAUAACACAGAGGACCAAUGGGUGGCCAGCUCCUCCCCAGAGAAGUGCAUCUUUGUUCAGAUCCUGUACCACGCCUGUCAGACCUACUGGGAGGGGAAAGCAGGGAGUCUGGGGAAGACUGUGAAACUGGGUAAGGCGAGCCGCAAGGGGAAACCUGGUCAAAGCAGUCAGCAGGGCGUAGGUGCCGGUCCCAGUGUGUCCCAACCUGGACCUUCAUCCAGAACCCUGCAGGCCCGACGCAAGAGCUACGUACCCCCCAAACAGACUGAGUUCAUCAACUGCCAGUCCAAACUCACAGGAGACGCCUGCACCAUGAACCUGGUCAUCUACCGCUGCAAAGCCUUCCUGAACCGCAUGAAGACCAUGAUGGUGUCAAACCCAAGCCGCACAGCAAGUGGAGGAGCAGCCGGGUCAGGGAGCGCUAUGGCUAACGUGGUUCAGAGGAUGAACGUGGCUCUGGGAGAGAGAGGAGACAGACUGAGUCGAGCUGAGGACAAGACUGUGGAUCUGAUGCAGCGAGCUCAGCAGUUUGCAGACACUGCACACAAGCUGGCUCUGAAGUAUUCAAAGUAAAGGAGAAACCCCUCAGGAUCCUGAAACGUGGUCUCUGUCAGCUGUGAUCCGGUCUGGACACACAGAUUCAAACCUCCUGAAGAAGCAGAAGAAGACUGAGAGGAUUCAGACUGUCACUAAAACCUAAACUCUAAUGUUUGUGCUGACUGAGAGUCCCUCUGAUCUGCUCAGAUCUUCCUCCUGUCACAUGAGACAGAAAGCUGGACGCGUAUAUUAAAGAUGUAGAUAUUAAACUUUUAAACUCUUUAAUUGAUUAAUUUGUUAACUUUGAUUCAAUGACUACAGUGUAGACUUCCUGUGGUGUGUUCAUAAGUUUUUAUUGAGCAUUUAUCACUUUAACUGAGAUCUGUGUGAGAGGUAACUCUGGGUUCACUAUAUGUUUGAUGUGUGUUUUCACGUCUGUCCGUCUCCUUCAUGUUUACCUUGUCGUGUCCUGUUCUUCGUGUCGGUCUUUGUCUCGUCCAUGUCUCUCCUGGUCAGCGCCCUGAACUCUCAGACAGUUAGUCCCUGAGGUGGUCCUCUGAAGACUCAGAGAGUGAAGCUGAUCUGUGUUAAAGUCCGGCUGAAGUUUGUCCUUGUGUGUUUUUAACCCAGUUUGAUCUUUUUCAUUCAUCAGUGGAUUCACUGAGUUCAACUUUUAAAUGUUUGUUUGUUGUGUUUGUCUGCAAGUUACUCAGUGUGACGUACUCUCUGGUGUCUGUGAAAAAUUAAAUACUUCUGAUCUGUA